CAAUUUCCUUCUUUCACAUGUGGCUGUCCAGUUUUCCCAACACCUUUUAUGGAAGAGAGUGUCCUUUCCCCAUUGUGUAUUCUUGGCUCAUUUGUUGUAAAUCAAUUGACCAUGUAUAUGUGGGUUUAUUUCUGGAUUCUUUAUUCUGUUCCCUUGAUCUCUGUAUCUGUUUUUAUGCCAAUAUCAUGUUGUUUUGAUUGCCAUAGCUUUAUAAUAUAGUUUGAAAUCAGAAAGUGUGGUGCCUCCAGCCUUGUUCUUUUUUUCCUAAGUUUGCUUUGGCUUUGCAUGGUCUUUUGGGGUUCCAUAAAUUUUUAGGAUUGUUUGUUUUAUUCUUCUCUUCCCUUUUGAAGACUUGCCUCAAGCUAGAUGUUGGGAGCCUUAUGACUCCAGAGAGAGUUUUACUCAUCUAUUCCCAUUAUGGUUUUUAAAUGAUUAUUAUUCUUAAUAUAUAUAUCUUUUUGAAAUAUUGUACUUUUAAAUGGAAUAAAAUAACUGAGUACUUAUGUAAAUCAAAUAUCAUUUAGUGUAUGUUAUGAACAAAAACCACAAAAAGACAUUUGUGUGUCUUAUUUAGGUAAACAUAGGCAUUAAGAAAUGGAAAUUUGGAGCAUUAGAAAGAAAUAUUUACUUGUUAAAUACAACACAGUGAUGUUAUUAACUACUCUUUUGGUAAUAUGUCAUUUAUUCUUGCAGAGGAUACUAUGACUUGCCUAUAGUAGUUAAUAUAACUUAGUUACCAAAAUGCCUAAUUUAGGCUAUGUGAGUUAAUUGUAAUCAAAAGUUUAGAUCACUAUUAGGGCUGAGUCAUCUUUAUUAUUAGUAUUAUUAUUAUUGUUUUUGUCCUUCAGUUGCAGUAAAAACUUCCAUGUGUUUUGCUACUUAUGUAUGUCUUUUGGAGAUUUUGAAAAACCAAAGUCCUCUCUCUCCUGUGGAAGUGUUAAAAAUCCUAAGAAGCUUUCUUGAGAUAAAAUUUGUCCUCUUUCAGUUAUUAAAUGUGCUUUUCUCUUAUCUGUGAAUUUCACCUUCAAUUUACUGGCAACUGCUUUUUCGUGCUAGGAUCAUAGAAUUAUGAUUAACUCCUUGCAGUCUGGCUUUGGUCCCACCUCUGCACUGGAACUGCAUUUUUGAAGGUCACUGGUGACCACAUUCUAGCCAAUUGUUCCCUCAGUUCUCAAUCUCCUUGGCAUUAUAAUGCCACAUGGCCUUGGCUUUUCAGUUACAUGAGCACACUAGUUUAGAUUUUUGCUUUGAACUCUGCUGCCCACACCUCUUCUUGUAACACCUGUUCUUUCUUUGUGGAUGGAUUUUGUCCUUGUCCUUUGCUAUGUAUUUACUUAUUGCAUUUUGAAUCUUAUCGCUUUAUUUCUUCUUGUUCUGCAUUUGUAUCAUAGAUAAGUCAUCAUUUCUCAUAACUCUCACUGUGAUGGAUAUGCCUGGCAAGUCUCAGAGCUCCAUUUACAUCAUUGCCCGUCGCUCAGACUCUAGUCCCGCACUUCCAUUUGCUUUUAGGUAGAUGUUCUUUUGCCUUAGAACAGAUCUUUCUCAGGUCAUCUCCUUCAGACUCUUUUCUCCUCUGAAUUUCUGAAGUUUCUUUUAAAGAAGCAUUCUCUUACUAUCUUGACAUUUUAAAUUUGGUGUCCUUUAUCUUCUACUGUCUAUAAUAUCCUUGAGUCUUUCUUUAAAAUAUUUCUUAAGUUUGUCCCACCCUCUUCAUUUCCUUGUCUUCCCCAAAGUACUUUACAGAGUGUAAAAUACUUCUGAAUGCAUUUCUAAAAAUUAAAAAUAGCCAAUAUAAUAGAUUUGUGGAAUAGGACAGGUAGAGUUUAUUAUUCCAAAUUGCAGGUCAGGAACUAUGUACUGAAAGAAGUGACUUGUCUGAGAUGUCAUUGCUGGUUAAGGAAAGAGCUAUUACUAAAGCCAAGGUAAUGUGAUUUCAAGUCUAUACCUAUGCCCAAAACAAGUGACCAUUUUGAUUUCCUGUUAAAUGAUCUUUCAGUUUCCAGUUCUCUGCUUUAAUUCACUUUACUUACAAUGCUAGAUUAAUGUCUGUAAAACCAGUCAAGGUAGCAGCUGUUAAAGAUUGGUAUAAUGUCUCAGUCAUUGUGCUAGACAGAAUUUCUUAAUCCUCAGAACUGCUGUAUGAGGUAUGUUGUUAUCCCAUUUUAUAGAUAAAUAAUUUGAAGCUUGUAGGAGUUAAGUAACCGACUAGUCAUUAUGUGUGAUGGUGUGGGGGUGGGGGAGUCAAACUCUGGCUCCCAAGCUCUGGUUCUUUUUACAACCGUAUUAUGCCAUUAUCAAAUUCUUAAUGUUACUCUUAUUUCUAAGAACUUACUGUGGUUUCCUUUAGCCUACUUAACCACAUUUAUACCCCUUUAUCAACUUUUCUGGACCUUCAAUAAUUUGUCUGUAAGUUUCUUGUCCAUUUAUUUUUAUCAAUAACCCUCCUCAGUGAACCCUCUUGUUCUCUUCUCAAGCAGACCUUUUCUAGUCUCACUUUUUCUUCUUGUUGACUCAUACAGUUUUCUCCCUGUGUAGAGUGAUUUAUCUUUACCUCUUCACUUGUCCAUAGCCAGCUUUUUACCUUUUCUUCGUUCUAACAAGUAGAAAGCACUUAAAGCAGACAUGAUGCUAUAAUGGCAAUUGCUAAUAUAGAUGAAUACAUGGACUUUCUUGGGGAUAUGGGCAGGUAGUGGGAGGAGCUAGACUGGAUUCCCUAUACUGAUUUGAGAGCCCUGGCAGAGGGAGGUGUGCACAGGCUGCUAUGGCAGCCCUCAAGAGGAUGUGGUUAAUUUUACCUGAGUGGUUGAGGAAGAUGAGAUAGAAGAGCUGACAUUUGAGCUUUAGCCUUAAAGGAGGAGGAAGAGCUCUCCAGGUGGAGAAGGAGUGGGAGAAGGGCUUUCUGGAAAGAAGGAAUAUUGUAUGAAUAGAGGAAUGAAAUCAGAAGUAUGUAUGCCAUGUGUUGGAGUGUGAAUAUUGAAAGUUGCAAGGCUGUGCAAAAUGAUGUGUUAUUUCCAGUUGGCCUCAAGUUUCUGAUCUUCCCUUCAUGGAGUCGUUGCAGUCUGGGCUUUAGUGUUUGACCUUAUACUUUCAGACAGCUGGUAUGCUGGCCCACUAAGAGUGGAUCUUUCUCAGGAGUGGAGGGACAUUAGCUGGAGAAACUGAUAUACAAAUAUCUAUACAUCUAGUUUGUGUGUUUGUCAAUUUAUUAAUUUUCAGUGAGAGAUACAAUACAGAUUGGAUUGCUUGAUUUGGCAGAUCAGUUCAUUGUCUCCCUGCAGGCUUCUUGGGAAGCCAAGUUGUUAAUAGGGAGGUGAGUUGAUGAUUGAGAAAUACAGCUGUCAAGUUGACCCAGCAUUUCUGACCAGUGUACUCUUUGUCUUCUGGCAAGGUACUUGGGAACCAUGUUGCCAGAGACCACCUAUUAAGCAUGGAAAGAGAACUCAGAAGUAUAUUUGUUUAAAGAAGUAUCUCUUAGCUGAGUUAGCGUAAGGCUAUUUUACUGACUCUAGAAAGACCAUUACCAAGGAAACCAAAUUAUUCUGGUCAACUCAGCCAAGACCUCCUUUCCAGUGGCUUGGUUUGAGCUUGUGAGCAUUUACAUAGAUGGCUUUUCUGAUUCAUUUGCUGACCAGUCCUCCUUUCUCCUCCACCUUCUGUUUGAUGCAAUCUCCCUUUAGAUAUGUUGAGACAUUCUGUCAAGUUACAGAGAAGUCUUUAAAAAAAAAAAUUUUUUUUUUUUUUUUUUUUUUUUUUUUUUAGGGCCGUGCCCAUGGCAUAUGGUAUUUCCCAGGCUAGAGGUCAAAUCAGAGCUAUAGCCCCUGGCCUACCACAGCCACAGCAAUCUGAGCUGAGUCUUCGACUUAUACCACAGCUCAUGCGCAACCCCAGAUCCUUAACCUAUUGAGCAAGGCCAGGGCUGGAACCUGCAUCCUCAUGGAUACUAGUCAGAUUCAUUUCUGCUGAGCCAUGAUGGGAACUUCUGUCAAGUACAGAGAAGUCUUAAGAGCUAGAGAAACAGAGGCGUUUUCAUAUCACUGCCUUGAUGCAUCUUGUUUUUAAGUCACAUUUUUUUAUUUUCAUUGGGAUCAAAAUCAAGGAAUGGUGAAUAGCACCUUGAAUCCAAGAGUGUAAGAUUUAUGUUGGUGAGAUUUUGGAGAUGAGGCUAGAAAGUUGGGCCCAAAUUGUGAAGGUUCUUGGAUGCCAUACUAAAGAGUUUUAAUUUCAGAGUUCUCUUAAUUCACUUCUCUAUGAAUUCGUAUUCUCCUCAAUGUCCUCUUUUCAAUUAAGAUUUUUUUCAAUUAAAUUUUUUUUUCAAAUGAAGUUCAAACUGUUAAUAUAUUACUGUAGAGCAUAUAAUAAUGGCUCUCCUUAAGAGAUCUAUUUUAAGAGGUCUUAUUUAGACUCUUUAUGUUUUGGCAGAUAAAUAUUAGGUGAUAUUAUCUGCAGUUUAAACAUGAAAUGCUUGAGAGCUUACGUUCUGCCUCUGUCUGACUCUCCCUGUGCUUCUCAUUCAGUCUAUUUCCACAACUUCUUCUUUUAUCCCCCAGUUUUUUAGAUAGGUGUUGUUUUUUAUGUUAUUAUGUAAUGUUUCUUUUUAUAUUACUAUAUAAUGUUUUUACCAUGGUGCUUAUAUACAUAAAUAGCUCUCUUAUUAAUUAUCUUGUAUCUGUCUCUUUUCUCUAGGCAGCUUGCCAGUUUCUUAUGUUUAGGUGGGCCUCAUACUUAUUCCUAUUACAUCUUAUAAUACCUAGAUCAGCUGAAUUUAAAAGAAGACUUAGACAACAGAAUACCAUUUUAGAGCCAGAAGGUUUCUUAAUCUAGUUCAGUACUCUCAUUUUCUACAUGAGGCAGCCCGAGAUCUAGGGCUGCUGUAAUUGGCCAGAGCACAUGACUAGUAGAGCCAUGGCCAAAAUCCAGCUGUUAUCAUGUUGGCCACCUUUGCCCCUCCAAUGCUUGUUCCCUAUUUGGCUGAGAGCUGUAUUCCAUAGGGAUGAAAAGGUCCCUCAAAGAUCACCCAUAUCAAGGUACAGUCUCCAAAACCACUGUUUUCAAACUUAAUUUAGCAGCUUUUCUUGUUAGUGCUAGGAACAGUACAGUUUGACUCAUUUAAAUCUAAUUGUGUUAUGUAGUAAACCAAGUGAGAGGGGCACAGAGAAAGGAGCUUACAUAUUGAACUCUUUCUGUGUUCCUGUCAAACAAUGUACAGGUGCUUUGCAGGCAUUACCUCAGCUGUUUAUAGAGAUAGUCCUGUGAACUGCUAUCCACAUUUUGCCAUGAGCAAACUGAGACUCAGAAGUGAAACAAUCUUGCAAGUAGAAGUAGGAGAUGUGAGAUGUGAGCCUAAGUCUACUUGACUACAAAGACCAUGCUCUUUCAAUUAGCUUCAUUGUUACAGCCCUCAGCCAAAGGCCAAGAAUAGCAACUUUAGCAGCAGGUACCACACCUGACUUUCUAAUGAGGGGAAGUCCAGCAGCCUUGCCCAACUCUCUGUGGCAGAUGAUUGUUGGUGCCUGAGCUGGGUGGCCAGUAUCUGACUCACUAAGUAAUCUCACAUUUUCUAACCAUUGGUUUGUGGCUCAUAUUUGUGACCUUUUAGAUACAUGUGUGUAUGUAUGUAUAUAUAUAUAUAUAUAUCUUAUGUCAUUGUUCCCAUUUCCAUUCUGUGGGAGAACAGAACCAUGUUAUAAGCCCACGUGUCUCAUUCUUGCUUCUACCUACAGCCUCACUUUCCAUCUCAUUAAUGCUCCUUCUUUCUUCCUUUCCUCUUUCCACUCUUUACUCUUGGUGUGGAAAGAAAAUUAGAUAUGCUUAUAUCAAGGGGACUUGAAUGGAUCAGCUUCAUUUUUUUCCCCCUCUGAAUUUUUCUGUGUUGGUAUGAAGAAUCAUGGGACAAAAAUAGAAAACAAAGAAGGAGAUGCAUAAUCACAUUGUCUUCCAGCAAAACAUUUUCCAAAAUGGCAAGAUAUAUGCAAUUCACAACUUACAUAAAGUUCAUCAUUCAUAUUUAUAAAAUCUGUGUUUUGGUCCUAGAUGCACUUAUUUCAAGUUUCAAAGAAUUAUUUUAAAAUACUUUUGAAUCAUCUCCCUAAGAGCUUUCAACACGGUAUAAAUAGUACACUUUUUAGCAUUUCCUUUUGCAUACCUGAAGUUUGCAUCAUCUUUGAGAUUGUUUACCACUUUUUUUUGCAAGGCACAUGUGGGGAGUCAGCCAACAAAUGUCAUUAUAUAUGCGGGUUUCUAAAAGCAAAUGGGGGAAGUUAUGUUUAACCUUUCAAAGAGUUGUUAUCUGGGCUUUCCCCCCAUUUCGGAGCAAAACCAGAUGUAAACCAAGGAUACAUAUUUUUGAAUAUAUACCUUCUUUUAGAUUUGCCAAUGAUCAUUUUUGUUUAAAUAUUACCACCACAUCCCCUCAGAAUUUAGAAUGUUUCUAGUAAAUGGUUGAUUACAAUCUGGUGAUUUUCCUUACUUUUCUUGUUCAUUAAUUUUUAAUGAAUUGUUUCUUAAAAAGUACAACUUUGUGAGAGGAGGAAUUAGAGGUGUGGCAUUUGAUUAAAUGUAUUCAUGGGGGAAAAUAUGCUAAGAAGGCAUUAGAAUUUCCCCUUUAUGCCAAAAAGUUCAUUAGACUGGUAGGCUUUACUCAAGGGAAUAUCUUGAGGUGGAAUGUAUUGGAUAAUAAGAAAACAGAGUGAGAGAGAAUAGUUUUUCCUAGCAAGGAAAGUGUGGUUCCUUUUCUAAGUAGAAGGGCUCAAACCCUAACCCACUGUGUUGGGAUGGCAUUUUUAUUUAUUUAGAUUUUGCUCUUUGGCUAAUUAAAGUUUGGAAUAGGAUGACCCACCCCCCUUUUUAAAAUCCUGUAUCUUCGAAAAUGCCCAAAAAAAAAAAAUCCGUUAAGAAUGAAUUAAAAUUUUGUCCAUGGUAUUUGUAUUGUGUUUAUUCUUUCAGGUUUUAAACUUUAUAUGAUUAGUAUCUUUUAUUAGAACAUUACAUGUUUUAUAUAUGCUUUAUAGUGAGUACAAACUUUAUCUUGUUAAGUGCGUGAUGGUACAGAAGAUGUUUAAGACAAUUUCAUGUCUUACUUCUACAUAAUAGGUGCUAGACAACUGAAUAAGUACAGAAAUAUGUGGGGGCAUGUAUGAUUUUCUAUUUUGAGUCAUAUUCAUGAUUUCUAUGAUGUUGCCCUACCAGGUUCUUAAAAUACAGAUUUGCAUUAAAUGAUUAGGUUCUCACUAUAUAAAACUCAUUAUAAAAAGAUGAAAUAAAAAAACUAAUUCUACAAAUAAGUAUUAUAAUUGGGAAUGUCGUUUUAGAAUUUUUUUUCUCCUUUUAUGCAUUCAUAUGCACACCCUCAAACACACAUGCCCAGAUACAUACAAAGAUAUAUAAAUGGAGAAAUAGGGGAAAAAUUGUAAGGAUAUGGUUAUCCUAUAUUACUACUUUUGCUUAAAUAAAAGUAAUACUUGAUUUUAACAAAAGUAAAAGAAAUUAAAAUAAAAACGAAAGUUAUAGUAAUUGAUGAUACUUUACAACUAGAAAUAUCUAAAUGAUUUCACUAAAGUUGAAAAAAGAUGAAAAAUGAUAAUAGGAUCAUUAUAUUUUAAAAACUAACUAUAUAUGUUUCUGUAUUAGUUUAUUUCCUGUAAUUAAAAGUAAGAAAUUAACCUAUUGCCCUUUUUCUGCUUCUCAAUUUUUAUUACUUAUGUUAAAUUUGUCCCUUGUCAAGUUGUGUAAUACUUGCAUUCUAUUUUGUAGCUAAUUUUCAGUUAUUUAGUAUUCAGUGCUUACUACCUGCUCUUUUUAUUUUAAACUGCAGAUUUUCUUGGGAAGUGGUGGCCCAUGAAACAAUUUCAUACUUGGGGACUGAUGCCCCUAAGCAAGUACUCCUUUUUUAAAGUAGAAUGAAUGUCUUUGCUGUAAGUCAGCCUCCAUGUGGGUGGAACUGAGGAUUCUCCACUCCUGUGAGCUGAUGGCUGUGGUGCUAGCAUAAACAAGUAUAAUCCUGUUGAUUUUUUUUCUAGAAUACCUCUGCAUUAGCCAGAUUGGACAUAUGUAAAGAGAGACAUCAGUAUAUCUGGAUUAUCAGAAAAUGGACCUCUACCUCUACUUAUCCUGUGCAUUAGAGAGAAAAAAGUCCUACCUCUAGGAGCUAAUGGCUUACUGGUGUUUUCAGUCUCCAGAUUCAGAUUUUAUGGCCUUCCCUCAUACUAUCAGAUCUUAAAUAAGAUUAUGUGUUGGUGAAUCAUGUUAUUCUUGGUCUCUGGCCUCUUAAACAGGUUGUGCUUUAAGAAGACUAUAGGGGAAGAACAUAUUUUCUUCUUGCUGCAAAAGUUGCAAUAGAAAAUCUGAAGAUUUGAAGGGACCAAUGAGCAUUCUAAUCAUUGAGGCGUUCUAUGGAGGAUCCCAUAAACAGCUGGUGGAUCUUCUUCAAGAAGAGUUAGGAGACUGUGUCCUUUAUACCCUUCCUGCAAAGAAAUGGCAUUGGCGAGCACGGACAUCAGCUUUGUACUUCUCACAGAAUAUUCCUGCCAGUGAGCAUUACAGGAUCCUCUUCGCAAGUUCAGUGCUUAACCUGACCGAACUGGUUGCCCUUCGGCCUGACCUUGGGAAAUUGAAAAAGAUUCUGUACUUCCAUGAGAACCAGUUGGUAUAUCCUGUCAAGAAAUGUCAGGAGAGAGAUUUCCAAUAUGGAUACAACCAAAUUCUCUCAUGCCUGGUGGCUGAUGUGGUCGUGUUCAACUCAGUUUUUAACAUGGAGUCAUUUCUCACUUCUAUUGGGAAAUUUAUGAAGCUGAUUCCUGAUCACAGACCCCAGGGGCUGGAAAGCAUCAUCAGACCCAAGUGCCAGGUUCUUUACUUUCCCAUCAGGUUUCCUGAUGUGAGCAGAUUCUUGCCCCAACACAAAGCACUCCAUUUACAGAAGAUACUCAGCCUUAAAGAAAAUGGCACUGCUGCUCAAUCCAUGGCCCCUCCAUUCCAAGAGGAGCAGACAGGUUCUGAGAAUUUAUUGAAGAGUCUUGAUUCAGAGUCUGGACCCUGUGAUGUUACACAACAAGAACACCUGGGUAGCUCAGCAAGGCAGGAGUCAUACUUGAAAACAUUCAGCGCAUCAGAUAAUUCAAGCUCUCAUCAUGAGGAAAACAAACAAAAUCCAUGUGACGUUUUGCGUGGAGCUGACGAUCAACAAAAGCCAUUACAUAUUGUUUGGCCUCACAGGUGGGAGCAUGAUAAAGACCCAGAGAGUUUUUUUAAGGUAUUGAUGCAUCUUCAGGACUUGGGACUCAACUUCCACGUAUCUGUCCUUGGAGAAACCUUCUCAGAUGUCCCAGAUAUAUUUUCAGAGUCCAGAAAGGCCUUGGGAUCUUCUGUCUUACACUGGGGCUACUUACCCAGCAAAGAUGACUAUUUCCAAGUACUGUGCAUGGCUGAUGUUGUCAUCUCAACAGCUAAGCAUGAAUUCUUUGGAGUGGCAAUGUUGGAAGCUGUGUAUUGUGGUUGUUACCCACUAUGUCCCAAAGAUUUGGUUUAUCCCGAGAUAUUUCCAGCUGAAUAUCUGUAUUCUACACCUGAACAGCUUUCAAAAAGGCUCCAGAAUUUCUGCAAGAGACCAGAUAUUGUAAGAAAACAUCUCUAUAAGGGUGAAAUGGCUCCUUUUUCUUGGGCAGCCCUACAUGGUAAAUUCAGGUCUCUGCUCACAACAGAACCUAGGGAAGAUUUGUGACAGAUGGGGCUAAGUCACAAACUUGCAGCCUAAGGCAGAAUCUGUAGAACUUUCCAGAGUGUGCCCAUAUUUACCUGAUCAGAGAGAAAAGAAAAUCUGCAGAGGAAGCUGAGCCUGGCUGCUUGUCAUAGCUGACACAGAGCCAUCUGCCACAAACCUGUGGCGGCUUCAGAUCUCCAAUCCCUGCCACCACCCCAACUCAAAUUAAAUACAGAUUCCUAGAGACGUUAUGAUGGUUACACAUGUCCUCGGCAUCGCAUGGAGGAGACUGUUCAAAAAAAAUAUGUGGCCUGUUGUAUAACCGCACUCAUGUAUCCCAUAUGUGGUGCCACAUUGAAUUUCCGGUUGAAUCCGUUUUUAUCCUUUGUACUGGAUGACAUGGUGCCUGAAUUCUUUCUUUUUGCCGACACGAUGGCAGCCAAACUGCAGCUUCAAACGCUUUCACUUGGCUGGGUUUCUACCUAGGUUGCCAGGUUAUCAAUGGAGCCUUCUUGUGUCCUCAAAGGGCCACAGGGGCGGAAAGGAGGAUCAGAAUGCCACCGACUAAUUGGGCAGCCAUCUCCGAAUUGUUUGUGGGCAAAGGGCUGCUUUAGCACUUUUCUUUUAGCAAAUUAAUGACUCCCUGGCACAGGGGUUUUUAAGUGAAGGUAAUAAGGGGUCUGGCAGGUAUUCCCAUGAUUCACAGAGUUACAUUUGCAUUUAAUUUAUCUUAAAGAAAGUUGUAAGAUAAACAGCUGUAAUUCAGACAAACAUGGGAAAUACACUAAGUGGGCCAUCUUGCUCAUAAAAUGAACACUGAGAUACUUGUUUUCAUUUUUUUCCAGGGAUAAAAAUAGACAAAUCAAAAUAAUUCUAACAAAACCAGUAAUCUUGAUAUAAAUAUCCAUCAAAAAUAUUUGCAUCCAGCUACAAAUACAAUCUUUUCAAGAUAAAUCACUUAUGAUUCCAAUAGUAAAGCUGCUGUAUUUGUUGAUGUAAAGAUGUUUUGAUCGGCUAGAUUGUAAAAUAAAUUUUUAAUAAAGUGCCCACUGCAAUUUUUAAUUAACAUAUCUCAUUUCCGUGUAAGUGUAUACAUCAUCUAUCUGUAUGUUUCUCUCUGAACACUUUGCUUGUGUCGGAGACAACGAACACAAUUGUUUCUUUUCCGGAUGAACAAGGAUCUGUUUUGCAAAUGUUUGUAAGAUAUUAUGACAUUUCCAAGAUUUUCUUUGCAUUCUGGAAAGCAGGAGGUAAACAUUUGUAGUCAUUAAGGUAAAGUCUGUUGAUAAACCAUCUUCUGUUUACUGACAGGUAAAUUGUAACUUUCCUAGCUUUUGAAAUGAAUAACUUCUAUAAGCUGCAGAGUGAGGAGCAGCCAGGGAGAGGAGGGAAGACAAGGGCCAAGCUUGGCUCUCUGGCUUCUAGAAGGAUUAAGUAGUCUAGCAGGCAUCCAAGAUAGAGCGGGCACUGGUUCCAAAGUCUAGUAGAAGCCAUUUGACAGGUAGCAAAAGUGUAAGCAGGAACUAGAUCAAGGUCAGGGGGCCAGAUAGAACCCUCCAGAGAAAAGCAAUCUUGCAGAUCAGAAAAAGCAGGAGUUCAGUGCCCAUGAAGCUAGGGAAUUUAAAAGCAAGACAAGUAAGAAGCAGAAACAGCAAGCUCUGUCUUUACACAGAGUCCUCUCCAGAACCAGUGUGAGAGACAUAUGUAUCAUGGAAAUGACAGCAGAGGCUUGGAGUCCUUGCCUUCUGAGAAGUCACUGAACAAAUUACCCCCUGACCCAUAAAACAAAAGGCUCAAGAAUUAUUCGAGAAGUCCUUCUGGUCUGAGAAUCUAUCAGGUGUGCUCCUUUUGAGUGCAAAAGUUAAGAUGUAAAUAUGCCUCGGAGGUUCUUAGCCUCCUCCUGAGCAGGUUUUAUCCUCAAAAAUGAGAUGCUUCUCUCAGAAGGGUGCCGGGUCAUAGCUCACGUCUCUCAAAAUAAUAAUAUAUUCUCACCACCAAGAAACGUGCUUAGUUUACUGUGCUUUACUCUCCUGAAAAUGAGCUUACAUUUUAAAGUAAACAAGAUACUAUAUGCACAGCUAUCCAUAUAUGUUUUCUCACUAAUUGGUGGGAAAACAGCAUUAAUUACCAUUCAGAUAGUACAUCCAAAACAUUUAAAUAUAUUCUUGAUUUUGGCAAAUACUAUAUUGCAAGUUACCUGUAUAUGACGAUUUUUUUUUUCUGUAUUCAUAAGUUCUUGUCUUUAGCUGUGAUCAGCAUUCCUUCAAGAAUAAAAGUUUCAAGUUGUCACUUCCUUCUUUUUUUUCUUUUUUGGCCAAGCCUGUGAAGUUUCCAGGCUAGGGGUCGAAUUGGAGCUACAGUUCCCGGCCUAUACCACAGCCACUUGGGAUCCAAGCUGCCUUUGUGACCUACACCACAGCUCUCAGCAAAGCCAGAUCCUUAACCCACUGAGCGGGGCCAGGGAUGGAACCCACAUGCUCAUGGAGCCACAGCGGAAACUCCUAAAGUUGUCACUUCUUCAGACUAUGCUGUUACAUUUGGUAUUAAUGCAAAUAAGCAAUAAAAACUUGUAAAUGUGUACUACCAUUUGAAAAGGUAACUGUAACAGUGUGUGUAUGUGCCUAUGGGCUUUUCAACAGCCAUGAUAUGGUGGGAUGAAGUGUUAUUAAAGAAGUUAACCCA